CCCUCAGGUAUCAGGUCACCAACUCACAUAUAGAGUUUCUCUCUCAACUCCCAUAUAGCCUCUCUCUCCCCCCCCAUCUAGUCUCUUACAAGUUACUACCAUCUACCAGCUUGCCGAUCAGCACAUACGUGAUGGUCCGCGGAAAGACGGUGAUCGAGAAGAUCGAAAGCACCACAAGCCGGCAGGUGACCUUCUCCAAGAGGAAGAGCGGGCUGUUCAAGAAAGCCAAGGAGCUGGGCAUUCUCUGCGAUGCCCAGGUAGGCGUCGUCCUCUUCUCCAACACCGGACGCCUCUACGAGUACUCCAACUCCAACUCCGGAACGAAAUCUAUAAUUGAAAGGUACCAGCAGGUUAAAGAGGGCCAGCAGUUCAUGAGUGCAAGCGACGAGGCUAAGUUUUGGCAAGCGGAGGGAGAGCGCCUACGGCAGCAACUACAUAACUUGCAGGAUAAUCAUAGGCAGUUGUUGGGACACAAUUUGUCUGGCUUAGGUUUAGAGGACUUAAAGGGUUUAGAAAGCCAGCUGGAAAUCAGCCUGCAUAACAUUCGGCUAACUAAGGACCAACUUAUGAUUGAUGAAAUUGAGAAGUCAAACAAGAAGGGAAUUCUUGUGCACCAGGAAAAUAUGGAGCUACACAAGAAACUAAACAUCAUUCGUCAUGAUUAUGUGGGUUUGCAAAAUAAGGUGCAUGAGUAUGACAGGUUAAUUGAGCAAACAGAAGUAAACGGGGGAAUUACAAGUUCAUCUACCAACUACAACUUUAUUGCUCCAGAGGAUGUGAACUCAUUUGACCUGAAACUUAGCCUGCCACAGCAUGCAGAAAGUGAUGAUGAUCAACCAGAAUCACCAACACUGGGACUUUGACUACCACAGAUUGAUUCAGACACACAUGCACCGACAUAAGUUUGUUGGAGUGCAAAUUAUGUGCAAAUCAAGUGCAUUUUGUUUUUCCAGUAAGUUCCCAUGAGUUGUACACAUGAACUAUGUGUUGUUAGUUGUGAGAUUUGCCAUUUUGUUCCAUGUGAUAUAUUUGUUGGGGCCAUUUUAUGAUUUUCGGAAAAAUGUAAUAUUUUUGUUCUUAGAUACCACUAUACUUGUGAGCUGUGAGGCUAUGACAAAAAAGCAACAAGAAAAUACUUGUUGAAUCUCAAAUGUAUGUACAAUUAUUCCAAGGAAUAAAAUCCAGAUAUCUCAGAA